AUGACCAGCCGCGUGAUUCAAGACUCCGACGACGAAGACGACCCUCUCUCCUGCGAGGCUCAACCUCCGCCCCCCAUGAUGUCCCCCAGGCGAGAGAAUCGUCCAGAAAACAGUAAUUGGAAGGAUGAUGCUUCGGCUGUCAAUGUGGAAAAUAGUGCUAUCGAUAACCAGAUUCAAGAAGAGAUUAAUAAUGUUGGGGAUAUCGGCGUCAACUUCGAUGAUUUCCUACAGUCGCAGUCGCAAGAUGCGCAAAGGCGGGCGUCGGUAUCGUCGUCUCAGCGGAGAAGAGAGGAAAGAUGGAUUCCUGGUGGAUUUGGGAAUGGGAUUACGAGGGGAUCUGGGUCAAUUGCCUUCAUGAUGUCUGAGAUUGACAUGGCACAAAGACGACUGUUUGACGAUGAUGCUCCGCAUACCGGACAGCAGAUUCCUUCGACUGCGACUGUCCCAUUUACAGAGUCGGAGUUGAGGUACAUAGAUCAGCAGCAGCAACAGCAAGGUUUGCAAGGUGUUGAUAGCACUCUGGGAUGCCCCGAGGAGUGUCCGCAGGUUCAAAUUCCCGUCUUACACCCCGAGUGGUAUAAUUCGGAUCGAAACCAAUGGGUCGAGAAUGCGUUGGCCGUUGGGGCAGCCCAUAGUAGUAUCUCGACGUUUGACCGUACUCAGUCAAAUCUUUCCUCCAAUGCCUACGAAUCCGCACCGGAAGGACCCACGAAUGCAGACGCUGCAAUGCAUGAGACUAUACAAACAGAGGUCUUGAAUAAGAACCCCAUUCGAUCAAAGUCACUCCAAGAAGCAGCACUUGACUUUCCACAUGGUACCGAGCCAUUUUCGUCAUUGAGGUCACCAAACGUGAGCAGGUCGAAAAGUGAUGCCACUGCUCGACGGAGUGCACCACAGCAACCUCAAGCAAAUGCAACAGACGAACUUUGUCCUCCUGUCUCUGUUGAGAUCCCAGUGAUUCAGAAGAAGAAAGCUCCAAAGAAAAAGAAGUCCCAACCGCAACUGAAGAAUGAUGAUGACGAUGAGCUCGCAGUGCCAAGUGACUCGAAGAACAACAAUCCAAAGGCUAAAGAGGUUAGUCGUACAAGGAGUAAUAAACAGACUAUGCACAGCAGCAAUCUCAACGAGACUCACCAACCGAUCGAAACAAACAUACCACAUCCUAUUUCCAAUGAGCCCAAACAAUUGAACGACAAACCUCAUACCACAAACCCAGAUGAUGACAGAAUGCAUCUGAUCCAACUCAACGCCCCCCAAACCCAAACUCAACACCCUGAACCCUCAAAACACGAACCCAGUCCCCACUCCACAGAACCACCAAACCCAAAACAACCGCGCAAAGAACCCAAAAAAAAGAAACUCAAGCGCGGCAAAACAACCUCUGUCACUCUCCUGAAAACCUACGAACCAGACGUAGAAGACGACGUAAUUUGGAUCGACGACCGACAACAUGACCCCCAGCACGACCGUCGACCAGACUCGAUCCCCACUCCUGAUUCUAUCUCGACGCCCGCGGGAGAACAAGAGACAUUUGCUGCGGUGGAAAUUCCUAUGAUUGGGAAAGAUCAGGAAAAGGGUAAUCCUGACCAGGAGCCGGCGCCUAGGAGACGCGGACGAAAGAGAAAGAACACUUCUGAGCAACCUCCUGUCUCUGUUGAAGAGGAACCCACUGAGGCCAAUGAACAUGCACCUGGUCAACCCCUCAGCAACGUGUCCGUUGUCGUCGAGAAACCUGCAAACGGCGAUAAGCAGAAAUCAACCCCACCCACAAUCGACAAGAUGCAGCUCUCAGCUCCAGCACUGGCACCAGAAGCUGGACCCGAGCCCGAACUUGAACACGAGUCGACCUCAAAUGCCCCUGUAACCCCCAAGAAAUCAAAUCCGACACCAGAUACUUCCAACCAGGGGCAAUGCGCUGCAGGCACAUCAACCAAAUCCAAUAACGACAAUAAAGGACCCAGCAAACACUCACCCAUUGCAAGCACGAGCAAAGUGCCCUACCGUGUUGGGUUGAGUCGUCGUGCGCGGAUUGCGCCUUUGCUGAAAGUUAUUAGGAAAUGA